GCAUGAAUAGUUCAACUGGUACAGAACCUCUGUGUAGAUCAGGCCACUUUUGAAAACAGUAUUUUGGUUUCUAAAACACUUCACUGUUUUUGAAAUUUUUAUCCCUCCAGACCGAUUCUUUUUCCUGGCAUUGCAUUGUCUGGAACUUCCAUCUGAAGGGAAAGAACCUGCGGGAAAUUCAGGCGUGAAAUGUGCCACAUACCAGUGUCAGAGAGCAGAUCCAGAUGACACUGCCAUAAAUGUGCUGGUGUUUCCCUGGAUCCUGUUUACACUGGUGCUUCUAGGGUUGCCAGCACUGGGGUACUGUUAGCAUCAGGGAUUUCCAAGAAAUAUCUAGUGCAGAGGAAGGUAAAUGGGGCUGAGUUUAAAACCCUGGGUUUAAAAUUCUUUAUAACAAAUACUUAGUGUGGAUGUAACACACCUGAAUUCAGCUGUUCUCUUUCUUCUAAGCAGGAUUUCCCCAUUUGGAAAGCUGACAUGAUGUUCAUGAUGGAAAGAGAGGAAAAGCUGUGGGUGCCUGACCUCCAGGUCUCUGUGGGAAGGGAGAUCCUGAGAGGGGCCGGCACAGCAGGUGACGGGAUGCUGAGGGAGAGUGAGGAGGAGAAUCCCCAGCAGGAAGGUGCUGAGCCAGUGGAACUGCCCGGGAUGUUGUCAGGAAGAGUUGAAGGGGAUGUUUCCGAGAUUCCUGAGCAGGCAGAAGCCUGUGAGAGUCAGUGCAGGGUAUCUAGCCAUGACAGAAACCAGCUAGGGAAGGAAGGGAGUAAAACCACUCAAAGGGGAAGAGGAGUCAGGAAACUCAAAGAAAUCAUUCAGCAGAGAAACCGGAGAGAGGGGAGAUCCAUGACAUGUGGAGAAUGUGGGAAGAGCUUCCACUGGAGAUCAGCCCUCAUUGUGCACCAGAGAAUCCACACAGGCGAGAGACCCUAUAAAUGUGAGAAGUGUGAGAAAAGCUUCAGCCAGAGCUUGACCCUUUUUGAGCACCAGAGAAUCCACAUUGGAGAGAAGCCUUAUAAAUGCCCCAACUGUGGGAAAAACUUUAGCGCCAGGAGGUACCUUAUUCAGCAUCAGAGACUCCUCCUGGGAGAGAAACCCUACGGGUGCUCCGAGUGUGGGAAGAGCUUCAGCCAGAGCUCAACUCGUAUCAGGCACCAGCGAAUCCACACGGGAGAGAGACCCUACAAAUGCCCUGACUGUGGGAAAAGCUUCAGUCAGAGCUCCAACCUCAUCACGCAUCAGAGAUCCCACACGGGAGAGAGGCCAUACACAUGCCCUCACUGCGGGAAAAGCUUCGGCCGGAGCUCAAUCCUUAUUCGACACCAGAGAACCCACAUAGACUAGAAAUUCACAAUUUUCUUUUACUGGAGUCUGAAGCAGUGCAAAUAAACUGGGAAAUGCAUUGUCUGGGGAGGGGUAAGGGAACUGACAUGCUGAGAGGCAGAGGGGGAGGUACUGAUUACUGAGAUUGUAGGGGAUAGAAAGGGGUGUGAGGAUCUGCGGCCCAGAUCCUCAAAGGUACUUAAGCAUUGCUCUGCUCAGUCUUGCAACACCUAAUUCCUCAGCACCCUGCUGCCCAGUGGAAUUCGCUUCCCUCCCUGUACAAUGCAUGAGGAGAGUUAGGUGUCCAGGAAAGAGAUUCCUGAAGCCAGCAAACUGUGCGGGGAGCCAUUGAAGCUAGCCAGGAGUGAAAUGCCAAGCUGAGGGGUGGGGAGAUGAGAGGGGCUUAGCUGCCUAAGCAGCUGACCUGGUGUGCAGGGCUGACAGGCCACAUAGGAUGUGUUUAUACUGCUGCUGGGAGUGUGCCUCAGCCCGGAUAGACAGAUUUGUACUAGCGGGGCUUGAGCUGCCACACAAUCAGUGUGAACAUUGCAGUCGGGCUGAAGCCGAGGGUGUUGGUUGGGCUUAAGCGCCUGAGAUGCAGCCCAAGCUGCAAUGUCCACAUUGCUAUUUUUAAUAUGCUAGAUCGAGGCUUGCUAGUGUGAAUCUAUGUGAGGCUUGUUUUCAGCUGCAGUGUAGACAUACCCAAUAGGGCCCUGUGCAGACCCCAUCUGAGAGGCUGGGCCCAGUGUAGCUGCCCAGAGCCCUUACUUGCAGGGACCCAGCUGUCCCUGUCUCACUGUCCUAUCUCUCUUGUGAGUCUUUCUAUCAUUUAAACAACAAGAACGUGACUCUGACCCCAUACUCCUGGCCAUUGGGGGGGUGUAUGGCUGGGGCAUGAGCGUAAAUAGGGCAGGUGGAGGGGAAUGAAGAGCUGCAGUGACCUUGGGAUGACUUGGGGGUAUCCCUGAAAUAAAAGGUUCCUGGUGCUGAUGGGCACCUGGCCCCCAGGGCUGCCCAAAGCCCCAGCUGGCAGCAGGGAGCAGGUUUCUCUGGGCUGUGUCUCUGGUCCAUUCGCUCUGGAGGUUUCUCUCUGCUCAGGAAGGAGAGAAGGACUUUGGCUGGAUGCCCCCUGUGCUGUGUUUCUGUCCUGGGGGGAGCACAGAUUCAUUAGCUGCUGUCAUUAGAGUGCUCUGAUUAUUGCCAAGGGUGGGGAAUCACAACCCAGAUCCACAGAGGGACUCAGGCAUGGCAGAGCUCAGCAUUUGGGUGCCAAGGAAAUCACAGGAACAGCACCGUGAUCCACAGAGCCUGAGGUUGGUGCCUGGGCCCCCUCUUCAAUGAAUGGGCUGAGAUAGGUGCCCCUGAACGUGAGCCAAAAACCCAGCGCACUAGAUAGUGCCAACAGGACGUGGCCAGCUGAGAGGUAUGUCCUAAACUCCACCCCUUUCACUGAAAGUUAGAUGCCUAAGUCCAGGCUGCAGGGAGGCGCCCAGCUCUGCUUGUGAGCCAUGUCCAGGAGCCUCUGCCUAGAGUCAGGUGGUGCCAGUUAUUGCAAGAAUGAGUUAGGCACCUGUCUUGCUCCAUGCAAAUGGCUGGACGAGAUGGUGGUGACACCACUUGUGUGGGAGAUCCAGGUUCAGUUCCCCCCUCUGCCAUGUUGGGGAAAAGAGAAUUUGAAUGGGAGUUUCUUAAGUCUUAGCUGAGUGCCCUGGCCUACGGGAUAUUCUGAUGUGGGGCUUCUAACCACUGGGCUAAAAGUUAUAAGAGAGGUAGUCCCACAGCCAGAUUUUGGAUGGGACCUGAUCUGGUAGGUGUGGUCAGCACCCACCCACUGGAUCAUAGGCAGCUGAACACCUGCCUUUCUCCAUGGAUCACUCUGGGGCUGGGGCAGGGCACAUAGGGGUCUGGAUGCCCACAGUGAGGUAGCCGUAUGCUUGCCCAGAGGCAUGUAGAUGCUGAGGGAACUGUCACUCUGCAUACUUAGGGGUGGAGUGAGUUUUGGCUCCUACAGGGUUCUAUGGGAGGUCUGUGGGUCACAGAGGAGCAUAAAACUGGGAAUUAGCACCUAGGUCUGGGGUUAGUGGCCUAAUUACCCAUGUGGCUCAGGGCGCUCCCUCCAUUUGGGAUCCUCAGCUGCAAAUCCUCUGCUGGCAUCAGGCACCAGAGCCAGGUCAGACGCUCAGAUAGCCGAGGCUGGAGCAACCUAAACUGUCUCUCUCUCUGCUGUCUCCGGGUCACACCUGGUCCAUCUCUCACGCUCGCCCUAUGUUUCCCUGUGCCCCCAGCUGUCUUCUGUGCGGGAGCUGUACUGCCCCGACUCCCUCCACCUCUGGACCUCCUGCCGCAGGGCCUGUCAGUCACCUAACAGAUGUUAGGGGUGCUCAGAGCACCCCUACAGGAUCAGGCCUGGCUGGGGAGCAAGGAUUCCCCAGCCUCAUUUGAGAAUCUGACUUCUGGGGUGCUGGCUUGAGCGGGGGCACUGAGUGGCUCCGUAGCUGUGGGGCAGCAUCAGCCUCUAGGUGGAUUUGUGAAUGUCAACCAGUGGAAACAUAGGUGCUGGGGGGACAUAGGAGCCUACGGGGUUAGGCGGCAGCUUUGACGAUGUCAGUGAUGCCCAGUGGCAGAAUUAGGUGCCUGAUGAGGCAGAGAGGCACCUGAACACCUUUGUGGAGCUGGGCCCAUGUUCCUCUUGUUAUCUGUAAACCCUCCAUGACGGACCCCACCGAGUGCCCCCGACCUAGUGCGCUGCUUCCUGAACAGCGGUCGGCGGGGGCUGGAGGAAGGAGACAUGGGGGGUUUGUGCAAGGACAUGUCCGGUGCUAGAUCAGAGUGCAUUUGUGGGGAUGUUCUCCACACCCACAGAAGAGACAGCACAGGGAAACCCAGUUAAUCUGAGAGGAGCAAUGCUGGCAGCUGAAGGGAGUCAAGGAACAGCUGGGCUGGACAGUGAAAACACUGGAGCUUGAUUUGAUUGACUGAUUUAUUAAGCGUAGGCUCCAUCUUAUGCAGCUUUUAUACAGAUUUAAUUAAAUUGGUUUCUGACCAGCAACAAACUAAAUUUAUGCUAUUUUAAAGCACUCUUAAACUGGUUUAAAUGUGUCCAUACAAAGGGGUUGUGCUGCCUUUACUAAAUCACUUUAGAAACCAGUUUAGUUAGGGCUUGUCUACAUGGGGAAAUUUACCAGCAUAGUUAAACGGAUAGAAUUAUACUGCUGUAAGGACAUAAGAAUGGCCACAGUGGGUCAGACCAAUGGUCCCACUUGGCCAGUAUCCUGUCUUCUGACAGUGGCUGGUGCCAGAUGCUUCAAAGGGAAUGAACAGAACACGAAAAUUAUCUAGUGAUCUGUUCUCUCUCAUCCAGUCCCACCAUCUGACAUUUGGCAGUUUAGGGACACUCGCAGCAUAGGUUGCAUCCCUGACCAUCUUGGCUAAUAGCCAUUGAUGGACCUAGUCUCCAGGAACUUAUCCAAUUUUUUUUUUUAACACAGUUAUACUUUUGGCUUUCACAAAAUUCCUGGGCAAAAAGUUCCACAGGUUGACUGUGCAUUGUAUGAAGAAAUACUUCCUUUUGUUUGUUUUAAACCUGCUGCCUAUUAAUUUCAUUUGGUGACCUCUAGUUUGUGUGUUAUGAUGAGUAAAUAACACCCUCCUUAUUCACUUUCUCCAUACCAUUCAUGCUUUUAUAGCUCUCUAUCAUAGCCCCACUUAGUCAUCUCUUUCCUAAGAUAAACAGUCCCAGUCUUUUUAAUCUCUCAUCAUAUAGACGUUAUUACAUACCCCUAAUCAUUUUUGUUGCCCUUUUCUGUACUUUUUCCAAUUCAAAUAUAUAUUUAAGAUGAGGCAACCAGAACUGCACACAGUAUUCAAGGUGUGGGUGUCUCCUAGAUUUCUAUAGUAGCAUUAUGACAUUUUCUGUCUUACUAUCUAUCCCUUUCCUAAUGGUUCCUAACUUUCAAUUAGCUUUGUUGACUGCCGCUGCACACUGAGUGGAUGUUUUCAGAGAACUAUCCAGAAUGACUCCAAGAUCUCUUUCAUGAGUGAUAACAACUAAUAUAGACCCCCAUCAUUUUAUAUGUACAGUUGGGAUUAUAUUUUCAAGGGUCUCUCUGUCCAACCCAUGUGCUCUUUAACAUCUGUCACCUUUCCCCCAGUCCUUAGUUUAAGGGUGUUAUACCAGCAGAGCUAUAUCAGUAUAUUUAUGCAGCUACUCUUGUAAAAAUUUCUUCAUGUAGACAACCUUUAAACUAGUACAACUGUUGUGUGAAAAAUGUUAUACUCCCACGAGGAGGUGGGGGCCUCGCUGGGAGGUGGGUGGAGGAGGGGAGUGACUUAGCGGAUGGUGGGGCCUUACGGGAAGGGGCAGCGAUGGGAAGAUGCAGACCGAGGGCUGGUCUUGGGAGGGGGGAAAGGUGGAGUGGGGGUAGGAAGAGGAGCAUAUUGGGGGAGGCAGCAUGGGGGGAAGAGCGGGAGUGGGGCUUUGGGAUGGAGCACAGGCAUGGCCACGGCCCAGGCAUCCACUCAAAUGCCUCCAAAUGAAAGUGCACAGCAUCCUGUUUGGGAAGGCUUAGCCUCCCCGGCCUAUUAUACCUGCAGCCCAUGGUCUGUCUGCUGGGCUCCCUUCCCCUCAGUUGCUCAGUCUUGGUGCUGGACUCCCAGCCGCUCUGGGGCCUCAGGUGCUUGUCCCUCGUGCUCAGGCACAGUCAUGCCCUGGGGGGCAGAAGAGGUUGGAGUGUUUUGGGGAGGUCGAAGCGGGAAGGCAUUCAGCAUAAGGUUGGCACCCAUUGACUCUGUUAUUUGGGGAUGAAUGGGGCUAUUGCUAUCAAUCUUGGGGCCAUUGUAGCCAUGCCAGUCACCAGUGAUGCUCCAAUAGGAUCUCCACAGCUAGGAGGGUAAAUUCUGUAGGAAACCUCAAAGAGAGACACCCCCCCUCAAAAAAACAAAACAAAACCGAUGACACCCCAAACCUUCAGGAGAGGCAAGAAUUUUGUCCCUCCCCGACUGCCAUUCCCCUGGCUCUGCCCAUCCCCCUCCACAGCAGUGUCCAGUGAGGGGUACUAGAGGCUCAAAGAUUCAUCGCCCUACUCAUUCCUGUACACCCCAAGAUCUUCCCUGGAGGACUGGAGGUGCGGAUGCUGCAGGAACCUGGGCGAGCAGCUUCCAGCAGAUGAGGGUCUUAAUGUUGUGGUACCCAGUAACACCAGAGGGCUCAGGUUAUUGCUAAGGGAAGGACGAUGGCUCUCUUCCUCUGCCUGCACAGCAUAGAUUCCAGAUGUGCUAGCCAGCCCCUGAGCAGCGUCUCGGCUGGGGACAGGAGAAUUUUAGGGAUACUGACACUCACUCGCCACUUCUUAGGCUGGCUGGGCCAGGACCCUGCUGUGAUAAGCACCCCCGCCCCCCUCAUGGACUCUCCAUGCAGUUGUGCUCAGAGGGGAACGUCUCAGGGAUUAUCUGCUGUCUGUUCUUUCCAACAUCUUUCCCUUUCCAUCCAGUAUUCAGUGGGAAACAACUAGAAUCAUUGCAUAGAUUCCAAGGCCAGUCGUGACCAUUAAACCAUCUAGCCUGACCUUCUGCGUGACACAGGCCAAUUCCUGUUUGAGCUAGAGCUUAUCUGAAAAAAAUCAAUCUUGGUAAAUCAUUCUGAUGCCUAUCUUCACUAUUGACUUCCAAAUAUGUGGUUCCAUAUCCUCUGGAAUUUCAUUUUGGAAUAAAACCAGAAACAAAAUUUCCAAACAUCCUGUUCUGACAUUUUCACAGUGAAACAUUUUGAAACGUGCUGAUUGAACUGAAACAAUUCGGUGUGUGUGUGUGUAAUUUUUCAUUCCAAUUUUGUACCAAGCCAAAUUUCAAAAUCAGGAAGAGAGCUUCCCUCCCCCACACAGGUCACCUACGCAGCAGGUUACCUUGUUCUUUGCCUGGCUGAGGGGCUUCUUUAGAAGUAUUUUAUUGACUCCUAUGUAUAGGACAUUCUGUCAGCCUCAUGUAUUUAUCUGGUCCACAUCAUGAUCUUCAGUACGUUUCUCCUCACAACACACUUGGGAGGAGGGGAGUGCUAGCAUCCAGAUUGGGAUCUGAGGUGCAGAAAGGCUAAGGGAUUUGCCCAAAAGCAGGCUGUAGCAGCACAAGGGAUUGAACCAAGGUCUCCCAAGUGCUAAGCUAAAUCCUGGACCGUUGGACCACCCUUCCUCUUCUCUUAUAGCACUCCAGUCUGGUGGUCACAAGAACAUAGACCACCAGGGCAAGUCCAUAUCGCUUCCUGUCCAGCUGCUGAUUGAAGAAGAAAAAAAAAAUCACAGUGAUUGUUCCUAUGUGGGUGUAACACAAGCUAAUCCAGCCCUGCUGUUUGACCCCCCUUAGUGGCUACACUGCAUCUAGAGAGCCUGCUGCUUCUUUUGGGUUGUUAUGAGUGGGGUAAAACCUCAGUGAAGCUGGUGAGUGUAGCCACCCUUCAACUGGGAUAAAUGUCAGAAACAAUGAAGCUCCUUUAUGGAAUGAAAUAGCUGAAACAAUAGCAGUCUCCACCCAAAACAAAAGUACAUGUCCCCAUCCAGAAACUGAGCUUUGUGGAGAAGUUUUGCUGGCUAUUGUUUUGUGAAGAUUUGUGUGUCUGGAAGAGAAGCAGCAGAAAGACCACAGAAGUUGAGGGCUUGGCUACACUUGCAAGUUAGAGCGCAUUAAAGCAGCCCCAGGCACCCUAACUCCUUAUGUGUCCACACUGGCAAGGCAUGUAGCGCUCCUGGACUCUGCAGCUGGAGCGUUCCUGGUAAUCCACCUCCACGAGAAGCAUAAAGCCCGGGCAUCAGUGUGAACGAGGUAUUGCAUUACUGCAUUGUGAUUGGCAUCCGGAAACAUCCCAUAAUCCCGUGAAGUCAAGUGGCCACUCUUCUCAUUGUUUUGAAAUUGGCUACAGGAAUGCGGAUAUGCCCUUUCAAAGCUCAAUUUCUGAUAGCCAGCUGCUUAUCUGCUCUGGGACAAAGCAAGCUAUUAGUGUGGAAUGCUGCUGUUCUGAGUGUGUGUGUAUAUGUGUGUGGGGGGGGGUCUGCUGCUGUCUGAACUUACAAGACAGCAUGCUGACAUGCUCUCAGCCCCCCAAAACACACUGUCUCUCUCCCCAUAUACACACAACACGCUCUCUGUCACACUCCACCCUCCCCAUUUGAAAAGCACAUUGCAGCCACUUGCACACUGGGAUAGUUACCAUAAUGCACUGCUCUUUGUGGCAUUGCAAGACCUGCUAAUGGGGCCACGCCAGUGCGCUUGCAGCUGACAGUGUAAACACAUAGCAGCGUUUUCCCUGCUGUGGUCUCCGAAGGCUGGUUUAACUCCCAGCGCUCCACAUCUGCAAGUGUAGCCAUGCGCUGAGAGAGAGGGCAGCAAGAAAGCCAGGGAGGCAGCUAAAAAGAGCACUUGCAAGCAUGGCCCUGAGAAAAGCCAAGGGAGAGCUUUUGGGCAGAGUGCUAGCUGAAAGAGCCUUUGAGCUGUGAUCAAAGAAACUGUCUCCUGUUGUUUGAUUCCUUCUGUGUUCAUGAAAACAGGGCUUUGUACAUUCUUUGCAAAUAAGCAGGACUGCACCAAAGAAACACCUGACUCUAUCAUUAAUUUCUCCUCCUAGUAGAAGCAACUCACAGGACCCCAAAAACUGGCUACCAACUUGGGCCAAAAAGGGGUAACUGAGUUAAUGAUGCUUUAGCUCAGGCUCUAUAGGCUCCUGGGGUGAGGUCCCACGUUGGAAACCUACAGCUGACCCCUGCCAGUAGCAUCAUUAUAUGGGUAUCUAGGAUCAGCGAGGAGAGUCCAUGAGGCUGCUUACCAUAGCUAGAGCUACCUAAUGCAGGAUAAUGGAGUUUAUCAAGACAUUUAUCUCCUCUGGCCUGCAUUACCUGGGUUCACCUAAAGCUAGCUACAUGUGUUCGUCCACAGCUCCCACAGAAGUAAAUGAGGCCAGGGCCCCAGCUGGUGUGAAUCAGCCCUAUCUCCACUACAAUCAAUCCCCAGCUGGAUGUAAAUUGGUGUUGCUCCAUUGGACUCAGUGCACCAGCUGAGUAUUUGUGCCAUAAAAUUUACUUAUUUAAUAGACACUGACUGAAAUUCCCCUCAUGCAGAGGAUCAGCAUGAAAGCCAGGCUCUGCUUAUUAAAUCCGGGUGAAUAACUGACUUUUCGGGUCACUGGCAAUUCCGAAAGAAAUCAGGAAAAAAAAUCAGGUCAACCUGAAAACAAUUUUUUGUAAAGUUUAAGUGAAUUGAAAAGUCAGAAAAAAUUGUUUUGGAUUGAACAAGGUUUCUGAUUUCAAUACUUU